AAGCGGCACCAGAUGUGUCUCGUUGCGGAUAAACACUGAAAUCAUGAUUCGUGACAGAUAAAAGAUGGAAAAAAAUGCCUGAGAUGUUUGUUUCUUAAAGCUGAAGAGAAAUCACAGAAGAUGAAUAAGUGUUCGGUAGUUUCUAUAUUAUUUUCGCAAAAAAAAACACAAUUAUUGUGAUCCACAUUGAAUCUUUUCCUCAAGAGCUCAGUCGUUUGUUUCUUUGUGUGUGAAGUCUACGGGGUGAGAUGGACGCUGAUGACAACGCCGUACUAAAACUUCUGCUUUUAAUCUCAUGUGUUCAUCCUUCAUCAGCAGACACACACACUCUGCAGUACCUCUACACUACAGUCACACCUGGACUUACUGAUUUCCCAGAGUUCACUGCUGUGGGUCUGCUGGACGGAGAGCAGUUUAUGUCCUACAGCAGCAACAACAGGAGUCUGAUCAUAAAGGACUCGAUAAAGAAGACUAACAGUGAGACCUACUGGAGAAGAGAGACACAGGACAUGUGGGGCAAUCAGCACAUCUUUACCAACACAUUCACAACGGCAAUGAAGAAGUUUCAUCAUAGUAACGGAGUUCACACACUACAGAGGAUGUUCGGCUGUGAGCGUGAUGAUGAUGAUGAUGUCACCACAGGAGGAUACGAUCAGUACGGUUAUGAUGGAGAAGAUUUCAUCAGUCUGAAUCUGACAACUGGAACCUGGACUGCAGUUAAACCUCAAGCUGUAACAAUCAAACACACCUGGGAGUCUAAAGGUUCUAAUAAACACUGGAAGAACUUCCUGGAGCGUGAGUGUAUCGAUCUGUUAAAGACCUACACGUCUAACAGCAGAGACACUCUGAACAGAAAAGUUCGUCCCGAGGUCUCAGUGUUCCAGAAACGCUCUCCUUCUCCAGAGGUGGUGUGUCACGCUACAGGUUUCUUCCCCAAACCACUAAACAUCACCUGGCAGAAGGACGGAGAGGACGAGCAUGAGGGCGUGGAGCUCAGAGAGACGUUACCCAACCAGGAUGGAAGCUUCCAGAAGAGAAUCAUUCUGAAAGUCUCAAGAAUGAAGCUGUGGAUACACAACUACACCUGCGUGGUUCAGCACAGCAGCUUGGAGAAGGAGUUAGUGCGAGAAGUACCAAAAGGUGGAGGAUCAGGUGGAAGAUCAGAUGGAGCACUGAUUGCUAUCAUCACUGCUGUAGUCGCAGCUCUCCUCGCUGUUGUCGUUGGAAUUGUGGUCUGGAAGAAGAAGAACUCUGCUCAUGAAGGAGAUUCUUCCUUCAACAACUCUAAGACUGUGUCUGUGUAUCGUCCUGCUGAACUGAGAGAGAGACACGAGGAGGGCGAGAUGAGGACAGAGUUUACAGAGGACCACACAUGAGAGACAACAGUAUUAAAGUUUCUGUUUUAAUUCUUAAAACAAUGACCAAAGACAUUAGAUGCUUGGAUGACUGUGAAACUGACUUGUUGCACUGCUGUUGAUACAGACUGUACAGAUCUAACUGAGCUGCUCACAAAAACAAGGUCACUGACUGUACAUCGCCUGGUUAGAACCGUUUUAAACAAUUCCUUACAGAAUUUGGUGUGUAAGAGAAUAUCAAGCCAUGUACUGUGAAAUUAUAUUUUGUGAUAUUGUAUAGAUUUCCAGAAAGGUCCGUUUUUAAUUCAAAGUUUAUAUGUAAAGAUUUGUAGCUGGCAGUUUGUUUUUUGUUGUGUGUCUUUAUUUUUCAUGUUUUGUGUUAACAAGAAGAUUUUUUUAUCCGCUUUAGUCGUUUGACUCGUCUAUUCCAAAGUCACAAUGUAAGUAGCACGAGUCUGCACAACUUUUAUAUGAGCCUUAUCAAAGCUAGCUGACUAGUAACAUCACCACUGAUAGCUGACGCUAGAACAGUUGGACUGAGCUGAGGUUUUUCACUCAUUUUGUCUCAUUCGAUAAAAAUGCACUAUGGAGAUGGACGAGAGCCGUACUGUUUACAUAAAGUGCUAAAAUUAAAUACUUCGGGAACAGACCAACAACUUAUUCACACACCGAUCUCAUGUAACACAGCAGCAAAUGGCUAACGCUAAAAGGCUAACAUUCACACUGCCAAAUUCUAAUUGGCAUUGUAACAUGACUGUAAUAAAUGAAAAUCUCCUACUGUUCUUAUUGCCUCAGAAAAAUGUUAUACUGUGAUCACCUUGUUUACCUGUUCAUUAGAUCAAGAUGUGGAAGAAUUUAAA